AUGGCUUCCGUUGAACACUGCCUCUACUGCUUCGAGGCUCUGGCUUCGCACCUGGAGAAGCGGCCGGGACUGUCCCUAAAGGAGAUCAAACAGUCAUGGCCUGAAUACGCCAAGACCCUGUCACCGGGCCUCGGUGACGGCAAGGACGGCAAGAAGCUCCUCCCGGCCCUACAACGCCUUGCCGAACCCUCCAGCGAUUCCGCCUCGGCCUCCUCCGGCUCUAGCAUCUCCCUCUCCGCCGAGACACCCGCAACCUCCACCGACUCCCUCGCCGAGAAUGACGACGACGAAGCCGACGACAUCUCCGAGUCCCCCCUCUUCGUUACCUGGAACACCGUCUCCCCCCGCUCGGGCCACCGCUCGCUGCGCGGCUGCAUUGGCACCUUUGAAGCACAAGAUCUCGCCGACGGUCUGUCGAGCUACGCCCUCACGUCGGCGCUGCACGACAUGCGCUUCCCGCCCGUCGAGGCCCCCGAGCUCCCCUCCCUCGAGGUCGCCGUGACCCUCCUCACCGACUUUGAGGACGCCGACGACGCCAUGGACUGGACCCUCGGCGUGCACGGCCUGCGCACCAGCUUCUUCUACCACGGGAAACGCUACGGCGCGACGUACCUCCCCGACGUCGCCGUCGAGCAGGAGUGGACCAAGGAGGAGACGCUCGUGAGCCUCAUGCGCAAGGCGGGCUGGAUGGGCAGCAAGAGCAAGUGGCAGGACGUCGAGCUCAAGGUCGUGCGGUAUCAGGGCAAGAAGGAGUCUUUGGAGUACGGCGAGUACAAGAAGUGGGCCGACUGGGUUCAGAAGAACAAGACGAAGUCUGGCUGA